AGGAGGCGUGACGCAGUUACGCUGAUCCGGAAGAAUAUUUACAUAAACUCUUAACAACUGAGGUUAUGCAUAAAAGCUUGGUUAUUUUAGCACGGAUUUUGUAAGAAGUGGAAAUGAUCUUGUUCAGACAAGCCCUACGCUUCAGUUCUCCACGGCUGCUGUUUGCUUGCGGGAGGUGCAGGAGAUAUUCUGCUAAAACUGGAGUCGUCGAGCGGGUCGUCUCAGAGCUUCGUUCAGUUAGCGGGGAUGAAGGCGUGUCUGUGGGGUCAGCUGUCAGAGAACAGCACGGCAGGGAUGAGUCUGUGCACAGAUGUCGACCACCAGAUGUGGUGGUGUUUCCUCGGUCUGUAGAUGAGGUCAGUGCUCUUGCCAAAAUUUGUCACCACCACCAACUACCCAUCAUCCCAUUUGGCACAGGGACAGGCCUGGAGGGAGGUGUUGGUGCUCUGCAGGGUGGAGUGUGUUUCAGUCUGAGAAAGAUGGACCAGGUCCUUGAUCUUCACCAAGAGGAUUUUGAUGUGACUGUGGAGCCAGGUGUGACGCGCAAAGGCCUGAACUCAUACCUGCGUGACACUGGCCUCUGGUUUCCUGUUGAUCCAGGUGCCGACGCAUCUCUCUGCGGCAUGGCUGCAACUAGCGCGUCAGGCACCAACGCAGUCCGUUAUGGCACAAUGCGCGAGAACGUCCUAAACCUGGAGGUGGUUCUAGCAGAUGGAACAGUCCUCCACACAGCAGGCAGGGGGCGUCGCCCAAGAAAGACAUCUGCCGGUUACAACCUGACAAACCUUUUUGUGGGCUCGGAGGGAACUUUGGGUAUCAUUACCAAAACCACACUUCGAUUGUAUGGUAUUCCUGAAAGUAUGGUGUCAGCUGUCUGCUCCUUUCCAUCCGUCCAAUCAGCGGUGGACAGCACCGUUCAGAUCCUGCAAGCUGGAGUACCCAUUGCCCGCAUAGAGUUCUUGGAUGACGUGAUGAUAAACGCCUGCAAUCGCUUCAACAACCUGUCCUAUGCCGUAACGCCCACUCUCUUCCUGGAGUUCCAUGGGAGCUCCAAGAGCAUGGAGGAGCAAGUAUCCAUCACAGAGGAGAUCACGCGUGAUAACGGAGGCUCAGACUUUGCCUGGGCGGAAGAUGAGGAGAGCCGCGGCCGGCUGUGGAAAGCCCGUCAUGAUGCAUGGUACGCUGCCCUGGCCCUGAGGCCUGGAUGUAAGGCAUAUUCUACAGAUGUCUGCGUGCCUAUCUCACGACUACCUCAGAUUAUAGUGGAGACAAAGGAAGAUCUAAUCAGCAACAAUCUUACCGGUCCCAUUGCAGGUCAUGUAGGUGAUGGAAAUUUCCAUUGUUUAGUGGUACUGGAUCCUAAUGACCCAGACGAGGUGGAAAGGGUUCACUCCUUCACUGAGAGACUGGCCAGGAGGGCACUGGCAAUGGACGGGACUUGUACCGGUGAACAUGGGAUCGGUCUAGGAAAGCGCGCCCUGCUCAGGGAAGAGGUCGGUCCGUUGGCCAUAGAGGUAAUGAAGGGCCUCAAGGCUGCCCUGGAUCCCAAAAACCUCAUGAAUCCUGGAAAGGUGUUGUAAUUAACACAAACCAACACAGAACACUAAAGAUGAUACUCUGCUCUACACUUUCUGACCACUAGAGGUCAGGAGAAUGAGGUUUGUUUUAGAUUUUAAGAAAGAGAAUGAUUAAGACUAGAGCUUUAACAAAAUCUCUAAUCACUCAAGCUCUCUGUAUGAGUAUUCAUGAAGUAAAUUAUUAUUUUGAAUACACAUUAUGAAUGUACAGAGCUUUGCAAAAAUGAUUAUUUAUUUUGUUUUUAUGACAAUCUCACACCAUUUUCAAAUAUGAUUAAUGUGAAAUCAUGGUGCCUUGACAAACUUGUGUUUAGUCUGGCCAUUUCCCCUUCUACAUAUCUGUGAAUAUAUUUAUUUAUAUGGAUAUAUUUGCUCAUGAAAGAGAGAAUCUGUGAAGCAGAACUCGAGAUCUGAUGAGCUAAAUGUGAUGCAGAAAUUAAAAACUGCUAACAGAAAA